AUGUCAAAGGCUUUAUUCAAGGCAUUCCUCCAACAAAAGGUGUUCAACCCACACUGGCAGCCCUCGGAGCCAGAGGGACCCACUCAAUCGACUUAUAGGAUUAUUCCCGGCAUUCCUCCAACAAAAGUUGUUCCGCCCACACCGGCAACCCUCGGCCAAUCGCCCAAAACACGAUCCCGAGCAAAAUCAAGCACAAAAUCAGCACCUCUAUUGAGCAGUUCAUCAGAGCCAACAUCAAAGAAGAAGAAGAAGACGAUGAUGAUGAUGAUCACCAACAACAACAAAGAGGAGGACAAGGAAGACGUGGUCUAG